AUGACAUCCAACAAAAAGUCAAGGCUUCCCCCAUAUCAAUUGGGCGAGCAUGUCAGCCCUUCAGUGCAUUUAAACUGCGUUCUACUGACAACCACAGUCGUCAACUUCUUGGAUCUCUUCCAGCUCUCCUCUGUACUCUUCGCGCUUCCUAAUAUCCAGCAGGCUCUUGGAUUCACAAGUGAAGAUAUUAAUUGGGUCUUGAUAGUGUACAACAUCACCUUUGCAGCUUUCCUUCUGAUUGCUGGACAACUGGGUCAGAGGUUUGGGCUGGAAAAGAUAUUCAUUGCUGGCACAGUCACUCUCACCAUAUCCAACAUCAUUAACACAACAGCGCCAAACAAAGCAGCCUUACUGGCCGGUCGUGCUAUUUCCGGAGUUGGGGCUGGGUUGACGGCCCCAAAUGGACUCGCGAUCCUAAGCAAUACAUUCCCGGAUGGCGACUCACGCAACAAGGCAUUAGCCAUUUAUACAGCAUGUGGCCCUCUUGGGUCGACCAUCGGCACUGUUGUCGGUUCUCUUCUGGCAUCUUCUGCAGCAGGCUGGAGAUCCAUAUUCUGGCUGUGUCUGAUUCUCACAGGUCUUUCGGCAAUGAUGGCAUGUUUGUUUCUGCCACGAUUUGCAAACAGAAAGGACAUACCUAUUGAUAUACCCGGUACCUUUGUCUUUACAGCUGGUGUAGCAUUACUGGUCUACGGCCUCAACGACAGCUCGCGAAACGGCUGGACAUCUGCUGCAGUGCUGGCCGGGAUUAUCCUGGGAGUUUGUCUCCUAUUUGUCUUCCUCUGGGUGGAGGCCAAGGUCCUCAAUCCAGCCAUUCCCGGUUACCUGUGGAAGUCUGCCCCGUUUCUGGUCAUGCUGGUUGCCAUUUUUGCCUUUGGCGGGAGCUUCAGUACGUGGUUCUUUAUCUCCACACAGCUCUGUGUCAAUCUUUUGGGCUACACUACAAUUCUAACUGCAGUGUAUUUUUUGCCCGCUGCCUUUGCCGCCAUUGCAAGUGGAGUCUUCGCUACACCAUUGAUACGACUAGCAGGGGAGAAGAAUAUCCUCGUGGCCGGGCUAGCCAUCACGGCCGCCGGUGCCGUCGCAUGGGCGUUUGCUACCCCGGAUCGGGCCGGCGGCACCAGCCACGGGGGAGGAUACUGGUAUUCCAUCGUUGCGGCCAUUAUCUUCGUGAUCGGCAGCCCUGUUGCUCUCGUACCGACGCAAAGCAUUCUUCUCCGCCAGGUGGAAGCGGGCAAUCAUGCGGUUGCGGGCGCGUUGUUCAAUACCGCCUACCAGGUGGGUGCGAGCGUCAUCUUGGCCGGGGCAAAUGCUUUGAUGGAUAGGAGCCGCGAGACGGUACGGGGGGUGAGGCAGGUUACUAUAGACGGGUACCUGAACGCCUUCUGGUUGAUAGCUGGUGUGCUUGGGGCGGCGGCGUUGACUGUUAUGGUUUGCUACUGGCCGAGGAAAGAUGGUCUGGUAGAGAGGCAGAUGGAAGAGGCUCAGGCAGCGGAGACUUUUGCAUUGGACAAAGUGGAAAAGACUUAA